UAAAGAUUUUGAGGACAUUUUACAAUCAAUACAACUGUGCAUAGUGUUUAUAACAUUUUAUUUAUCUAUGUCUUCAGCUACAACAGGAAACAAUGACAUAUGUGCUACAUAUGACACCAGCAGCACAUCUUAACCACACUCUCAGUUGGCAGUUUGCUUGAAGAAACGAAUCGUUAGCAAUGCCGACCUUCAAAAUGGUGCUGCCACUUUGCCUGAUCUUUCUCCUGAUGAUCUCAGCACUUGGGAAUAUAUGGAGUGUGGAAUACAGCCAAAUUAAGCUCUGUGCUUUAAACAGAUCUACAGUGAUUAUGAACGUCACUUACACACACCCACCAGGCCUUACAGUGACAAAGAGGUUUUGGGCAAUAAACAAAGUUCAGGGUAAAGAUUCACAUGAUCUGUAUAAUGAACCAGGUUACUCAGGCAGAGUGAUGUAUAUAACAGAUGUACAGAAUCACUUCCCCCUCAAACUGAGUGAUGUGAAGAAAACAGAUGAACAGAUGUACUACUUCAGAAUCAGAACAAAUGAAGAGAAAGAAAGAUACCUGGGCAAACCUGGAGUUACACUCAGUGUUACAGAUCUUGAUCUUCAGAUCGCUCCUGCAGAAGUGACAGAAGGACAAUCAGUCGUUCUGACCUGUAAAACCACCUGCAAUCUGACUGAUCCAACAUUCAUCUGGUAUAAAAACAGCAGAAAUUUAACCACAAAGACCAACAAGAGCAAUGAAGUCCGUCUGCAGUCGGUCAGCAGUGAGGAUGCAGGCAGUUAUUGCUGUGCUGUAAGAGGAUAUGAACAUCUCCACUCUCCUGUUCAAACCCUCAGAGUCAGAUAUCGUCCAAAGGAUGUCUCAGUGUCCGUCAGUCCCUCUGGUGAGAUAGUGGAGGGCAGUUCAGUGACUCUGACCUGCAGCAGUGAUGCUAACCCACCUGUACAGAGCUACGACUGGUUUACGGGGAAGACAUCAGUAGGAAAGGAAAAGACCUACAACAUCUCCAAGAUCAGCUCUGAGGACAGUGGAGAGUACAAGUGCAGGAGCAGUAAUAAAGUUGGACGUCAGUACUCUAACGGUGUGACUCUGAAUGUCCUGUAUCCUCCAAAGAACGUUUCAGUGUCCGUCAGUCCCUCUGGUGAGAUAGUGGAGGGCAGUUCAGUGACUCUGACCUGCAGCAGUGAUGCUAACCCACCUGUACAGAGCUACGACUGGUUUACGGGGAAGACAUCAGUAGGAAAGGAAAAGACAUACAACAUCUCCAAGAUCAGCUCUGAGGACAGUGGAGAGUACAAGUGCAGGAGCAGUAAUAAAGUUGGACGUCAGUACUCUAACGGUGUGACUCUGAAUGUCCUGUAUCCUCCAAAGAACGUUUCAGUGUCCGUCAGUCCCUCUGGUGAGAUAGUGGAGGGCAGUUCAGUGACUCUGACCUGCAGCAGUGAUGCUAACCCACCUGUACAGAACUACACCUGGUUUAAGGAGAAAGAAUCAUCACCUGUAGGAUCUGGACAGAGUUACAGAGCUGUACAGAGUGGACAGUAUUGCUGUGAGGCUCAGAAUAAACACGGCUCUGAGAGAUCAGCUGCAGUGUCUGUCACUAUUAAUGGUACUGUGAUUGUGAUUGUGUAUGUGACUGUUGGACUCGGACUUUUUGGGCUUGCAGCUCUUUUCUCUGCACUUUUCUGGCUGAGAAGCAAGAGACAGAAGAAGAAGAAGGCAGAUAAAGGUGACAAUCAGAACACUGGGUCGAGUGCUAAAGACAACACUUACCAAAAUCCUGAGUUGUCACAGAUUUCUCAUCCGGGUCCUCGUGCUGACAUGCCCACAUCCUCUGACUAUGAGAAUAUUGCACUGUUUAGAAACAUCUAUGAAACAAUGAAUCCUGUCACAGAUAAUGAAUAAAGAGAUCGUCACUGAAGUGGGAAACUCAGCAACAUCAGCAUCUUAGAAUAUAACUGACGUUAUGGGAAGAAUUAUUACGGAAGCGGAAUCUGAAGAUAUAUAUAAAACAUAUAGGGUCUUCUCUUCUUUAUCAUGGCAUGUGCUCACCUCUCGAGCUGACAGUAUGCAUUGUGAGAGAUUCCUCUUCACAAUCUUUUGCUUGGCUGCAUUCCAAGCCCCUGUGCCUUGUGGCUUGAUUCCCGCAUCUGUGGCCUGGCCUGGUUAUCGUUGUCUGCACUAAGCUUGAUGACUGCUCCCUAACUUCACUCCACCUUCCACCUCCACCUCCAUGCUGGAGUCUCCAAUUUUUCUCAGACCUCCACAUGCUGCACUCAGUGGCACUUUUGCAGGCAUACCAACCUUAUGUUUUAAAGUUGAUCAUCUGUGGUGAAUUGCUCACCAAUGAGGUCUGAACUCCUCCAAGCCACAUAAUUUAGCACCCAAAGCAGAUGGCCUACGUUAUCGUGUGACAAUAUGCGAAAAAUUAUACAAAUAUAUUUAACAGCUGCAUUGGUUGCCCCAGAGAAGCAAUCUGAUGGUUCUUCCCUUGCUGCAGUGAUGGGCUAGGGCUAACAUGUGCUAGCAUUGUAGCCAGGGUCCCCCGUGUAAUAUCUGAGCGGCUGCCAGCAGCAGCAGUAAUGUCCGCUGGGCGGCCCAGAAACGAACCCUACGCCCGAGUAGUACUGUUUCUAGGGAUGUCCACAUUCAUGACCUCUGGCACAUUGUGGCCUAAUGGUUAGAGAGUCUGACUCGUAAUCCUAAGGUUGUGGGUUCUAGUCUCAGGCCCGCCACGACUGAGGUGCCCUUGAGCAAGGCACCGAACCCCCCAACCGCUC